GGUUGGAGCAUGCGCAUUGUGAGUGAUCACGGUAGACGGACGUUAAUUAGUGAUUAUGCACGGGCAGUCCGGGAGGGUUGAAGUGAUAUACCAAGCUGGCGGUUUCACAGGCUGUUGGAAGGGGACGAUUUGCAGUGAGGAAACUUAAACCAAACAUCGCUUCGAGAUCUGACUGAGUUAUCCAAUUCAUUGUAGCCUGAAUAACAUUGGAUUUUGAACAUGGAAGGAAAAAGUGCCGUUCACAGAGAGGAGAAACUGUACACAUGUUGUACCUGUGGACAAGGUUUCAGCAGAUCAUUGGCCCUGACAGAACAUGAAUACAGUCACAGCGGGGAGAGGCCGUUCAUCUGUUCCCAGUGUGGGAAAGGAUUCGCUCGAUCAUCCACUCUGCUGAGGCACCAGCAAAUUCACACAGAGGAGAGACCUUUUAAAUGCUUAGACUGUGGCAAGUGCUUUAAAAGCUCUAGGGAUCUGGUGUCCCAUCAACGUGUACACACUGAUGAGAGACCCUUCAGUUGCUCUCAAUGUAGGGCUGGAUUCAGGUGGUCAUCCCAACUUGCUACACACCAGCGAGUUCACACUGGGGAGACCCCGUUCACCUGCAUGGAGUGUGGGAAGGGGUUCUCUCGGUCAACUCACCUCAUGACACAUCAGCGGCUUCACACUGGGGAGAGGCCCUUCACCUGCUCUGUCUGUGGGAAGGGAUUCACUGAUUCAUCGAACCUCACGUCACACCAGCGAGUUCACACCAACAACAGGCCGUUCAGCUGCUUUGUGUGUGGGAAGAGAUUCACUCAGUCAUGCAAUCUGCUGACACACCAGCACGUUCACAUUAAUGAGAGACCUUUCAGAUGUUUAGAUUGUGGGAGGUGCUAUAAAAGCACCAAGGAACUGAUGUCCCAUCAACCUAUUCAUAGUGAGGAAAGACCUUUUAAAUGCCCAGACUGUGGGAAACGUUACAGAAGUUCUGGGGACCUGAUGUCCCAUCAGCGUGUUCACACUAAUGAGAGACCUUUCAGGUGCUCUCGUUGCGAUACUGGGUUUAGGCGAUCAUCUGACCUCAUUGAUCACCAGCGGAUUCACACUGGGGAGAGACCGUUCACCUGCACUGAGUGCGGGAAGGGAUUCACUCAGAAAUCCAACCUACUGAAACACCAGCAAGUUCACACAGAGGAGAGACCUUUUCAAUGCCCAGACUGUGGGAAGUGCUAUAAAAGCUCCGGGAGCUUGAUGUCCCAUCAGCGUGUUCACACUGACGAGAGACCAUUCAGGUGCUCUCAAUGUGGGACUGGGUUCAAGUGGUCAUCCCAACUCACUGUACACCAACGUGUUCACACUGGAGAGAGGCCGUUUGCCUGCUCUGAGUGUGGAAAGAGAUUUGCUGUGAAAUCCAAUCUGCUGAGUCAUCAACGGGUCCAUGAAUAACGACUGUGCUUGGAUUUCACUGUGUACUUAGCUCACGGCCAAAAAUCUGGUUUUACUUGUCAUGGAGCUACCUCAAUAUUUAUCCAAUCAGUUUGAUUCGGAAUUCUUUUUUAAACCGAUGUUUGAACCAUUCCAUUGAGUCUGUGUCUUCUGAAAUUAAUCAACUCCAGCUCGGUAAACACAGUCUGUCAAAACAUUUGAAGAUCCUGGCCCCUUCCUUUCGAACUGUUCUCCUUUUCUGUUGCCCCCAUCUUGUGGGGAGUUGGUCGAGCUUCUUUGUCAUUCACUUUGAGAUGAUCUGACCAGCUGCCUCUUCCACGUACUUCCUUUCCCUGAAACUGUCCUCCUCCUCUGAACCCUGAGCUCUCAACUGUGUCCAGUUCCUCUACUACCUCCAGUGCUUCUGAGACCAACUUCCUAGUCCCUCCACCUUUCUCAUUCAGUUGCUGAGCAAAACUCUCCCUACAUCCCCAAAUAAGUUGAUAUUGUGCAGUCUUGCUUGAUCAUGGAACUCAGUUUAAAUCCCGUGAAAAACCAAAUCAUGACUGCACUAUCCUUGAAAGCAACCACCCCAUCUCUGCACCACCCUUUCCUUUCAGAAGGCUUAGAACUUGGUGUCCUCUAAGGCUGGCAGCAUUCUAGGUAGACAAAUUGCCUGGCCCGAUGGGAUGCAUUCUAGAUUGUUGAGAGAGAUAAGGGGGCAAAUCAUGGAGCGGUUGACAGAAAUUCCACAGGAUAAGUCCCGGGGGACAGGAUUGCAAAUAUGAUGCUGUGUCUUAAGAAAAGGAAACUACAGACCUGUCAGCUUGACUUCAAUAGUCCACAAACUGAUGGAGCCUGAAUUAAGGGAUAAAUAUACACUUGGAGAAAAAUAAGUUAAUACAAGAGUCAACAUAGCUUUGUCCAGGGCAGGUCAUAUCUGAUUGAUUUAGUUGAGUUCUUUGACAGGUUGUAGAUGAUGAAUAUUUGGACUUUCAGAAAGCAUUUGACAUGGUGCCACUUGACAGGUUGCUUAGUGAAUUAGAAAUGUUUGGGAUUGUUGAGUUUUUUUGGCAGCAUGGAUUAGAGGUUGGCUAAAUGAUUGGAAACAGAUCUUAAUAUAAGAAUUUCUCAAUCUAGAGACGAGUUGAAAGUGGUGUACCCCAUGGAUCAGUUUGGGAGCCUUGCUUUUUCUGAUCUCUAUAAAUGGCUUGGAGAUGAGUGUCGAGGGCAAAAUCUCUAACCUUGCAGGGAGGAAAAGUAGUGAACUGUGAGGAUGACACUGAGCGACUUCAGCAGGCCCCUGACAAAUUAGCCAAAUGGGUAGAUACUUAGCAGAUGAUUUUCAAUGCAGGGUUAAAAAUCACACCACACCAGGUUAUAGUCCAACAGGUUUAUUUGGAAGCACUAGCUUUGGGAGUACUGCUCCUUCAUCAGGUGGUUGUGGAGAAUAAGAUUGUAAGACACAGAAUUUAUAGCAAAAAUUUACAGUGUGAUGUAACUGAAAUUAUAUAUUGAAAAAGACCUGGAUUGUUUGUGAAGUCUCUCAUCAUUUAGAAUGACCAUGUUAAUUUCAGUUCUCUCAUAUGUAAAUUGCAAAACUUUUAAAAAAAUUUACAUUCUCAAGUGAACUUUAACAAUACGUGUCAUGUUGGCCCAGAUAGGUCAAUGCAGGGAAAUGUGAGGUAAUGCAUUCUGGAAGAAGAAACAUGGAGAGAUAAGCAGGUUAAGUGAUACAACUUUGAGUGUCAUCCAGGAGUGUCAGGUUUCAAGUGUACAAUUCUCUGAAGGUGGUCAAACAAGUUGAAACAGCUUUGAAGGGGGUAUAUGGGAUCUUUGGGUUAAUUAUUAGGGGAAAGAGUAUAGAAAAAGGAAGUGAUGCUACAGGUCGACAAAUCAUUGGUCAGGCCACAUUUGGAGUAUUCGGUUCUAGGGCACUUUAUUUUAUGAACGAUAUUAAAAUCCUGGGAAGAAUGCAAAGGAAAUACACUAGAAUGAUACCAGGAAUGAGGAAUUUUAGAUUCAAGGAAAGAUUAGAGAAACUUGGCUUAUUCUCCUUGGAGCAGAGAAGAUUAAGACGUGACCUUCCUGACACUUUCAAAAUUAUGGACAAUUUUGACGGUUUAAAAAAAGGACGUUCUGCUUCCAUUCCGUGAUAUGUCAGUAACGAGAGGUCACAAUUCAAGAUUGCCAGCAAGACAGCAGGAAGUGAGAUGGGGAGAGAUUUCUUUACUUGGAGUUGUUUGGAUUUUGAAUUGCUGCCUGAGAGAGUGGUGGAAAUGGAUUCCACAGGAAGGUUCAAAAGACAGCUGAAUAUGUUUGAAAAGGAUGAAGUUAGAUGGGGCUGGAAAAUGGAAGUAGCUGGGUAGCUCUUUUGGGAGCUGGUACAGACACAGUGGGUUGAAAUGGACACCUUCUGUAUUGUAAAGUUUAUGAUUGAAGGGAUUUAUCUUUGGCUCUCCUAUUUCUUAUCCAUACAAUGCUACUAUGUGGCAUAAUCCAAAUCCUUGCAUUAGUUUUCACACGUCUGUUUCUACCUACUCACUCCCUGUCCCACCUCUCCAUUUUUCUACUAUUGUUCAAUUAUUAGACUGUUGGUUCCAGAGCUGGAUAAGCAGCAAUUCCUCCUGCUAACCAUUGGAAGAUAAAAGCUGAUGUCUUCAGUUACCACUCUAAAUUCUAUUUCCCAAUUAUCUUCUCCUUCACUGUACAUGAUGAGAAUCAUACAGUGCAGAAAAACUAUUGAGUCUGUACUGAAGAAGGGCUUAUGCCCGAAAUGUCGAUUCUCCUGCUCCUCAGAUGCUGCCUGGCCUGCUGUGUUUUUCUAGCACCACAUUUUUCAACUUUGGUCUCCAGCAUCUGCAGUCCUCACUUUCUCCCUGUACUGCCAAAGCUCAACUGAUCUAUUACUAGUCCUCCUUUCAGGCACUGGGCCCACAGACUUGAAUGUUUUGGCAUUUCAAGUGCUCAUCCAAAUACUUGAAAGGUCAUGAGAUUACCUCACUUCAACUACGCUGUGAAGCAAUGUAUUCCAGGUCCCUACGACACUCUUGGUGAAAACAUUUUCCUCAAAUCUCAUCUAAAUGUUCUGCCUUUCAUCUUAAAAUGAUGCCCUCUUUAUCAAUGACCUUUUGAUGAAAGGCACAGCUGCUUUCUAUUUGCUGUGUGCAUUUCCUUCGUUCUUGUAAACCUUAAUGAGGUCCCCCCUCAACCUUCACUGCUCCAAAGAAAACAACCUGAGCUUAUCCAGCCUCUCUUCAUAACUGAAUGCUACACCCUGAGUAACAUUUUGGUGAGUCUCCUCCGCACCCUUUUCGGUGCAAUUCUUCCCAUAGUGUGGUGUCCAGACUCCACAAGGUAUGUCAGCUGUGGUCUAACCAAAGUUGUGUACAGCUCCAACAUAACCUCCCUACUCUUAUGCCUCAACUAAUAAACACAAGUGACCUUAACAACCCUAUUCAUCUGUGCUGCCAUCUUCAGGAAUUUAUGGACAAGCACCCAAGAUCCUUCUGUACCUCUGAGCUUCUUAUUGUUCUGCCAUUUGUUGAGUAUUCCAUUGUCAUGUUACUUCCAAAGUGCAUCACCCCACAUGUAUCUGGAUUAAAUACCAUCUGCCAUUAAUCUAUCCAUCAGACUAAUCCUGUAACCUAAAACCUUCUUCCUCACUGUCAAAGACUUUCUCAAAAUCUUUGUUUCAUCCUCCCAACAUUAUUAUCCAUAUUGUUGACGUAUAUCACGAACAAUAACGAACUCAAUACUGAUUCCUAUGGCAUACCACUGCAUGCUGGACUGUAAUCACACUAACAGCCUUUUGUCUUCUGCCACGCAGCCAAUUUUUUUAAUCAGUCUCCCACAUGGAAACUUGUAAAAAGGGUUUGUUGAAAUCCAUGCAAACUACAUCAAUUUCAUCAACACACUAGUGCACCUCUUCUAAACAUUUGACCAGAUUUGUUAGUCAUAACCACCUUCUGACAAAGCCAUGUUGGCUCUUCCUGAUCAACCUUGCUUCUUUAACUGAAGGUAAAUUCUCUCCUUCAGAAUUUUAUCCAACAGUUUCCCUACAAAUGAUGUGAGAUUCACUGGUCUGUACUUCCCUGGGGUUUAUCUAACACUUUUCAAGAAGGGUGGGAACCAGAUUAUCUGUCCUCUCGUUCUCUGGCAUCCCUCUGUGGCCAGAGCCCCUGUGAUUUCUUCCCUCGUCUUCCACAGCAGCCUGGAAUACAAUUUGUCUGAACCUGGGGAUUUGUUCACUUUUAAAUCUGCUAAAACCUUUACAACCGCUUCACGCCUUAUAUCAAUCCGCUCAAGAACUUCAUCGCCAAUCUUUUCAAAUUCUAUGCCUGCAUGUAUCUGAGUAAAAAGAGUUGUGAAGAAUUCAUUUAACACCACUGAUGUCCUCUGCGGCUAUACACAGAUUUACCCUGUGGUCCCUAAUGGGCCCUACUGUUUCCAUGGAUAUUAUCUUCCUCUUGAGAUAUUUGCAGAACAGCUUAGGAUUCUCCCAAAUCCUGCCUUCUCAUUCCCUCUGUCUCCUCAAUGCGCUCACAGCCCAGUACUAUGACCUCUGUGGAUUUGCACCCUUUGUAUCUUUUGUACUCUAUUUUUCUUUUUAAUCCAGUCCUGAACGUUCAUAGACAUCCAAGGUUCUCUGGGCUUGUGCUACAACAUUUUGCCCUAAAGGAAACACAUUGUGCCUGUACUCACGUCCAUUCCUUUUUGAACACCUCUCACUGUCAUUGCAGAUGUGUUCUUGGCCACAUUCCCACACCAUACCGAACACCAGAACUUUCUAGCUCUAUGACAGCAUCUGUUGGCAGUCCAUCAUAGCUCAUCUUUCAAGAGCUUUGUAUUACCUUGAGAUUUGAUUCCAGUUCAUACUCGCUCCAUCCUGACCCAGAAAUGUGAGGUUAUUCAAAGUCUGCUUGUUGUGUACCAAAACCUAUUCAACCUCACCUCUGCCGUCACUGACUGACUAAAUUGUCUCCUGACCGAACCAUGUCCAAAUUUGAAAAUUUGCAUCCUGGUUUACAAAUCCCUCCUUGGCUUCAUCCCUGCUGAUCACCUAACCUCCAGUCCCUCGCUCUCUGUGAUAAUUUCACAUCUGGCCAUGCCCCUCCCCAUCUCUCAUCUCCAGUUGGUCACUCUCUGAGAUAACUGAUUUCUUGGCCAUGUUCCUUCCUUCCUAUCUUGAAGAAGCCAUAAUGUUGAUUCUGCUUUCUCUCCACAGAUAUUGCCAAACCUUCUGCGUUUCUGCAGUAAUUUCUGUUUUUACCCGUUUGUAAUAUCCAGUCACACCCUCUCUGUGAUAUUUGAACAUUUGGCUGUGUUACUCCCUACCUCAAUUGUCUCUAUUUACUUGCCCUGAGAUACAAGUCUUCCUUUUAUUGUGAACUCCUUAGAUCCUCUGAUUGUAAGGAGUCAAUAGUGGCAUUGCCUCAGCUCUGAUAUUCCAUCCCUAAACCUGUCAAUCAUUCAUCAAUCCACUUUUGCAUUCCUCUAAAUGCCAGAGUGAAUUGGCCUAAACUGCUCAAACUCUCUUUAUAAGACAAACCCCUCAUCCCUGGAAUCAAUCUAGUAAAUUCCUCUGACGUACCUCCUAUACAGCUGCAUCCUUCCUCAAGUAAGGAAACCAAAAUUGCAUUCAAUACUCCAAGUGCAGCCUCACUAAUCAAAGAGGAAUUAUAUCCAGCUCAAAUGCUUAUGGUUCUUUGUAGUCAAUCAUCCCAAGCCCUGCACACUAGUAGAGUUCCUCAGA